AUGGACACGGGUGCUUUUGGAAUUUUACAUGCUACUUCACAGAGAUUAUUGCAUUAUUCAACUCCAAUGGGCAUUGCAUGGGUCGCCUUAACUUUCCUCUGCCGACUCAUCCCCGCCGUCACCAUUGGCGAUGCUGCAUAUGGCGAUGAGCAGAGCGACUUCGAGUGCGUCACCACUCAGCCCGGUUGCAAGCAAAUGUGCUACACGAUGUUCGCACCAAUCAGCCACGUUCGAUUCUGGGCGAUGCAGAUCCUCAUUCUUUCUUUUCCUACCAUGAUCUUCUCGAUGGUCGCUGCUAACUACAACGCUACAUAUGAAUUCCUCAAAGCGCAAGUCGAAGGUUAUGAAAAGUCCUUCACCGAUUCGGCCUCCACUCGAAGCUACCAAACCGAUCCAAAAUACGUUUUGUACUCCAACAAACUUCGAAAAUUCAAGACCAAAAAGCGCCGAGCAGUCGACAUGGAAGGAGUCGGCGGAACCGAAGACAUCAUCUGGGCUCCAGCUUUGAAGCAGUGGUACGUCAUUCAUCUCUUUGCCAAGCUCGUUCUUGAAAUGAUCUCCAUCUACCUCCUCUAUCUUCUCCAAGUUCAGCAGCACAUCACCUCCGGCGUCAGCGGUUUCUGGAACGUCUUCGAUGUCCCCUUCAAAUAUGCCUGUCGAUUUGGUGACAAAGAAUGGCAGAAUGGAUACGAUAACUUUGCCUGCUCCCAGGAUGACAACAUUCCAUGCUGGGUUUCUCGACCAAAAGAAAAGAAGAUGUUCCUAGUUUACAUGCUCCUCAUGAAUUUCGUUUCCGUCGCCAUCGUCCUCUGCGACUUUUUCUACGUCCUGUGGAAGGUAUCCGUCAAAAAGCACAGACAGCGAAAGCAGAAGAAAGCUCUUCAAACUGAAGAAGUUCCCCUCGCCAUCGUUGACGAAAAGCCAGCCGAAGAAUAA